GGCGCUGAGGGGAGAGGCGCCGCCGCCAGCGCCGCCGCUGGGACCCGUUAGAGCGGAAGCGCCGCCGCCGCCGCCUUCACUGUCCCGGGGACCCUGAUUCCUGGCAGGUGGGAGGCGGGAGCCAUGUCGAAGCGGCUUCGGAGCAGCGAGGUGUGCGCUGACUGCAGCGGGCCGGAUCCUUCCUGGGCAUCAGUAAAUAGGGGGACUUUUAUAUGUGACGAGUGCUGCAGUGUCCAUCGGAGCCUAGGGCGCCACAUCUCUCAAGUAAGGCAUCUUAAACACACACCGUGGCCUCCCACGUUGCUGCAGAUGGUUGAAACCUUGUAUAAUAAUGGUGCUAAUUCUAUAUGGGAGCAUUCUUUGCUGGACCCUGCCUCUAUUAUGAGCGGAAGACGUAAAGCUAAUCCACAGGAUAAAGUACAUCCUAAUAAAGCGGAAUUCAUCAGAGCCAAGUAUCAGAUGUUAGCGUUUGUCCAUCGCUUGCCUUGCAGGGAUGAUGACAGCGUGACUGCCAAAGACCUUAGCAAGCAACUCCACUCAAGCGUGAGAACGGGGAAUCUCGAAACCUGUUUGAGGCUGUUAUCUUUAGGAGCACAAGCCAACUUCUUUCACCCUGAAAAAGGAAACACCCCACUCCACGUUGCCUCCAAAGCAGGGCAGAUUUUACAGGCGGAAUUACUGGCAGUAUAUGGAGCAGACCCAGGCACACAGGAUUCUAGUGGAAAAACUCCUGUGGAUUAUGCGAGGCAAGGAGGGCACCAUGAGCUGGCAGAACGCCUUGUAGAAAUACAGUAUGAGCUGACUGACAGACUAGCCUUCUAUCUCUGUGGCAGGAAACCAGAUCACAAAAAUGGACAGCACUUUAUAAUACCUCAAAUGGCAGACAGACGGCUCAGCCUGGAUUUGUCUGAAUUGGCAAAAGCUGCUAAGAAGAAACUUCAGUCCGUGAGUAUCUCUGUUUCCUAGUGAAGUUCAGUGUGGGAAACCAUGCAUCCUGCUAAUACCUGUCCUCAGCCCAUUACCUGCUGCACCAGAUGACUUAGUUUUCAUACUCUGGGAUGUUAUAAAAUCCAAAGCAGAGCGUUGAGUACAUAGAGAAGA